AUGUUUCCUCGCAAAAUCGACGGCAAGUCUCAGUCAUGGCAAUACAAUUCUCACGAUAUCGAGUUCUCCGAGCCUGUUCGUCGAAUACAACUGCUCUUGUCAAGACUCGAGAGCAUCAUAGACGAGGCCCCCCCCGACACUGGCCCCAGGCGUUUUGGAAAUAUCAGCUUUCGGAAAUGGUAUCAAAUACUGGAAAGCAGAGUGGCAGAACUUUUUGAUGAGGCUCUUGGUUCCGACUUCCAUGAAACCUCCACAAAUACGUCCGCUAAAGAGGCAACAGCUAGGACAGAGCUAACAGCCUACUUCCUCGGGAGUUUUGGCAGUGCGCAAAGACUUGAUUAUGGCACAGGUCAUGAACUGAGUUUCCUGGCUUUCUUGGGAUGUCUUUGGAAACUCGGCGCAUUUCCAGACGCUGACCCUGGUGUUGAAGAAAGGGGUAUCGUUCUCGGAAUCAUAGAACCGUACCUAGAGCUUAUUCGAAGUUUAAUAAAGACAUACAAUUUGGAACCUGCAGGGACUCACGGUGUAUGGGGUCUUGAUGACCAUUCCUUCGCACCCUACAUUUUCGGCUCGGCACAGUAUUCUCCUGCCAUUCACGAGUCGGACGAGACGCCAACAGAGGGCUCCUUGCUUGGUGUCCCCUCACCGACCCAAAUUACAAAAGAUAAUAUUGUACAAAAAGAAAGAAAGACAAAUAUGUAUUUUUCCGCAAUAGGCUUCAUUUACGAUGUUAAAAAGGGGCCUUUCUGGGAACAUAGCCCGAUGCUUUACGAUAUAUCCGGCGUUAAGGAGGGUUGGGGAAAGAUUAACAAGGGCAUGAUCAAGAUGUACAACGCCGAAGUCCUCUCAAAAUUUCCCGUCGUGCAACACUUUCCAUUUGGGUCUCUAUUCAGCUGGGAUCGAGAUCCUAAUGCAAUCUCUCCCCCACGUACAAUGCAUUCACUAUCAAGACAACAGCAGACAAAUGCAUUGACAGGCCAAGCCUCCGUUGCUUCGCAGGCCGCUAGUACCCAUGCUCCGUGGAGUCAGCCUGGCUCAUCAUUGCCUGGGUCUACGGCAGCUCCAGGGGCAGCGCCCACACCACGAGAAUCCUCAAUGUCUGGUACCGCUCAUCCUUCAGCAACCCGAAUGCCUCUUAGGACUACAUUAUCAGACUCAUCUAGAAACCAUCCAGGACCAAUGGCACCGACUCGGGCGCCUUGGGCACAGCAACCCCCGGCCGGGUCGUCUGAUGAUGCUUCUAACAUUCCGGGUCCAACUCGAGCACCGUGGGCCAAGCAGCCAUGA